CCUCUCUCCAUCCAAAAGAGACAUGGCUGACCCGUGAUCCGUCGGCAGCGCUCGCGCGUACGCGGCGUUCUCUCCUCGCCGUUUCGAACAAACUGCUGCUUCCCUCCGCCUGCAUCACAAGGAACACGGCCAUGGAAGGCGUGCUGUGGAAGUGGACCAAUUACUGGAACGGUUGGCAGCCUCGAUGGUUCAUCCUGGACAAGGGUAUCCUGACGUACUACAAGUCCCAGGACGAGGUGAAUCAAGGCUGCAAGGGCUCGGUGAAGAUUUCGGCGUGCGAGAUCGUGGUGCACCCGACGGACAACCGGCGGCUGGAUCUGGUGAUUCCGUCGGAGCAGCACUUCUACCUCCGCGCGCCCACGCCGUCCGAGCGCCAGCAGUGGCUUGUGGCGCUAGGCAGCUCCAAAGCAGCUACGACGGCAGCAGGGAGCCACGCAGCACAGCCGCCCCGGCUCGGUGGAGGCGCAGGUGACCCCGAGGGCAGCCUGCGGGCCAAGAAGGCCGAGCUGCGGCUCUACUGCGACCUCCUCAUGCAGCAGGUGCACACCAUCAAGACCUCACAGAGUGGAGGCGAAGAGGAUGCUGCCAAGGCAGGCGAAGCAGCUGACCUGCUGCAGGCUACCUGCGACACCUUCAUCACCACACUGGAAGAUUGCAUGCGCCUGGCUGAUGCAAACUUCACAUACGAGCUGCCCCACCAGGAAGUCCGAGACUCGGCCCUGCCACACGAGGCCCCACCGCCCAUCGCACCCGUGGUCCCAAAGUCCCUGCAGAGCGCUCAUCCUUCUCGACGCCGGCGGAAGUCCAGCUCCGUAUCCUCUUCUUCAGCUACAUCUGGAGCCGCCUCUUCCACAGUGUCUACACUGGACAGUGCCAGGCAGCGAGGUCAGCGACCUGACCAAAGCACCGAUGGGGCACCAUGCAGUUCCGGGCCUGUCCAGUCUAGUGCGACCUCACCUGGUUGCACAUCAACCUCGUCUCAGUCUUCUGCUGCCACCAACCACGUGACGUCGCCUGCUGAUUGUGUGCCAUUGCCGGGCAGUGCAGAAGGUUCAGACAACACAGAGUCUUCAUCCGCCGCCGACAGGUCCGUUGUUACCUCGACGGACCAGCCUAGUCUAGUGGCCAAUGGGAGCCUUUCGGGUCAUCUGGGCCGGCCACGCACCUUCUUCUCGGUGAUGGAGCACAGCUUCAGUGACCUUGCCCUAGGCACUGGAAUUCCGACAGAACAGUUCCUCAACAGCUGUCGCUCCAUCCUGGCUGUAUUUGAUGUCCUCGGCUCGACGGCAUUCGUCCCAGUCAAGAUGGACAUCCAGGGCAAUAUCGGCAAGCUCCAGGCCAGGUACGACUCAGACCCGUCGCGCUUCAACAUGCUCCUCGACAUGGUGCAACAGGAGGUCGAUUCGGCCACUAACACCUCCCGCAACUCCGCAACGGACGCACUCCUGUGGCUGUCUCGUGCGCUGGCAUUCAUCCAUGCAUUCCUGGAACAGAUCCAGUCGGGGAACCCCGUCCUCACGGACUGCGCCUCAGUGGCAUAUGGUGCCACCCUCAAAUGCCACCACGGCUGGGUGGUACGGAGCAUCUUUGCCGUAGCGCUACGAGCCAUGCCCGAUCUGGAGCCGUUUAUAGAGGCCAUGGCUCCUUCAUUCGAGGACUUUCAGCACCCGGACUACCGGAAGCAGCUGUUUACCGACAGCAGAGUGUACCUGCAAGCUCUGCGGGAAGUGCUCGACGCACUGAACAGUUUCUACAUCGAGAAUGGGCUCGAGCCGCCUGUCCAGAAAUCUUGAGCUUUCGAACCCCUUGUGCCCUUCGUGCAUGAAUCAGUGGGUCAGCCCGUGAUGAGGAACAGGAGCCGAAGACUCGUGCAGCGAGGCAGUGUGCCCAAACUGAGCAUGAAAAGCUGACGAUGAAAGGCAGACUACGUACAAUGCAGCGGCUGGAAGUGUUAGUGUGUAUGCAUGUGUAGGCACGAGGCAUCUGCGUGUGUGGCUGUAACAAUUUAAAUGCGGGGCACAUUCCCUGGUAUAGUCAGAUCCCACCAGAGAAAGUGAGUUGCUAGUCAGUUCACCUGCUCAACUAGCAGGCACACUUUUGUAAAGGUGCAUGUAGUUAGGUGAAACGACUCAUUGCCACUUGGCCCUAUGACUUCCGUGCUGACAUAACUGGCACUCUUAACCUUGGACCAACUUCAGAGUCUUCUGCUUGCAGCUUUAAAGUUUAUGAAAUUCGCAAACCUCUCUGGCGUGCUACCAUUUGAAAAUGUCGGUGUCACGAAAAGUGAGUUGCAGAAGAUGUAGCAUUUAUCAGCAAACUUAUCAGUGCAAUACUUAUCAGUGUUGUCAGGCAUUGACAGCAAAUAAAGGCAACAUGCUGUGUGAAAUAGACAAUGCAGCUUCUGCCAGCAUGUUUCACUCUGCACGAAAGCGCAUAGAGAGCUCAAAACAAAUGAAGUAGCUUUGGAAAUAUUUCCCCAGCAGAAACACUUCUCUACCUUUAAAUGAAUGCAGAGUUUAUUUUCUAUUUGCAUUUACAAAGCGCCAUAUUUCAUCCUCUACAGAAAAUGCUGCUCUGUUUAUAAGCCACCCGACAUUACUUUUUUUUGUGUGUGGGUAUGAUGGAGGCGCUGCUGAAAUCUGUAUGCUUUCAUUUUUUUUGUGCAGUUUGUGAUAGCAUUGGUAUGAGCACGCUCAUUUUCUUUUCAACGACAGUAGAUGUAGACACUCGGUAACCUAAGAAUUCUUCAAAGUGUGCCAGCAGUUUCUUUCAGAUAGGUUCAUCUGCCUGGGUCAUUGGUGGCCCUGUCUGUCCCAUGUAAAAUUUCUGCCACGCAAACAUUGUUGGCGGCACUAACUAGAAGCAUUGCCGACGAUCAAGCGUACAGUGUUAUCUGCUCAAGGCAGCAUGCCCUUUGCUCGUCUCAGUUUCACACGAAAUAGAGUCACUGCAAGUGAGUGGCUUUUUGCUUGAAAUUUAAUAUUGACUUUAUUAUGAGGUGUGCUUGUGUAACCCGAGUAAGCACUGGUAGGAUAUUUAUGCACUAUGCUGAUACAGUGUGUGUCAAUUUUAACCUUGACAUUUGAGUAAUCUUGAACAAAAAGUAACAGGCAUGCAUUAGGCAGAGAUCUAUUAAACAUGAACUUGUGUGCAGCCUUGCACAUAUGCUUUAGCUGCAUACCUUGUUGAUUAGCGUACUGUUUUCUACAAAAUGUUAUAGAGGCAACUCUGGUGCUAUUGCCUAUGGGAACCGCAAGUAUGAUGGCUCAGCCAGCUUUCGAAUGAUUUGCAGUAGACAGAUUCACCUGGACUUUGUCCUGGCUUCAACUGGCGUUGCGUAUUUCCAAACUUUUUCAGCUAUCUCUGUAUAAAUACAAUAUUUUGCAAUGAUUAUGCUUGUGUGCAGAAACGUAUUCCCUCCAUGCAUUUAGAAAAAUAUGAUUGCUUGGAAAUUUAGGAAGAUCAAGCACAGUAAACAACACUGCAAGAAUGUCUGAAGCACAAAGACAAGACAAAUCCAUACACUACGCGUCAUUCCCAAUGUAACUAAACAAUCACAGUGCCAGACGUCCCUCUAGUAGUACUUGUAGACUUCAUGUGCAGUAGUAUUUACGUGUUGCGUCGGUGACAUGGAUUGCAUAACAUUAGACGUUAAAUCAUGCUAGUGCGCCUAGAGAAUGAGCUCUGUGCUUCAUUUUAGAGAGCAGAGACCAGUUUCAGAUCCUAGCUGAGAGAGGAGUGAGUCGUACGAUCGAAAGCCAGCAGCUGACUGGCAACACUGUACAGUGUUCGUGCACUGAGCACUUUUCUGUGUUGUUCCUGGCCGAGCACAUUCCAUAACAAGCCAAUAAGUUAUUUUUACUCCAUGUUGUGAUUCUGACUCGCUGUCCUGGCAGAUCAGCUAUGCCGUUUUCACUUCGGAAGAUGUGUGAAAAGUGUAGAGUGGGAAGGGUAACGGGAUAGCUCAACUUGUAGCCAUUGGAGAUGUCACAUCAAUUUUCUUGAGCUCCCUUGUUGUAAAUAUCCGUGGCAGGGAUUUGCCAGCCACUAGUCCAAUAGAAAUGAAAUUACGUAUAUGUUGAAUUGUUCAGGGCGCUUCGUGUCAUGGUGCUAUCAUCAUCUUCGAGUGGCAACUAGCUUAGAUGCACAUUUUUUUGUUUCAUUUCCAACAUAGUGUGCCAACACUUCCAGCACAUAGUAUCCAUUGCUUUGCUUGGUGCUACAGUGGCCAGUGAACUGCCACCUGAACCCCCUCUUCUCUGUGGAGUGCCUACUUUAUGUGACAUCAAAAAUUGUGUCAAGUGCAUUGGCUAUUUGCAACUUUUGGCUCAUGUAUUAAGUGAAGUAACAUUGCAUUUUACCAGCUAUUGCAGUGUUGCAGCAGUGACCACUUAUGGGCAUUGCAGAUCUUGUGCUGAUUGUCUGCAUGUUAGUGCAUACGUAAAAUACUGAAACAGUGCGCGUGAACCAGACUGCAAGAAACAGUCCUUGUCUCAUGCAAGCUGUUUCAGUAUGAACAAGUAACUCGACUGUAUUUCCAUUCUUUUGCAAUCUGUGUGUCGACCUGCAAGAGAACACUUAUUUGUAGCUUGCAACUUCUGCACAGGCACUCGGCAUUAGUUCUAUGCCUGCUCUGUAUCAUUAUUCUGCUUUGUCAUCUCUCUUCAUUCAUUAUUUUGCAUUUAGUAGCAUUUAUAUUUUUUAGCAAUGCCUAAGUUUCUGGUCAGAGUGAGUCAUUCUUUGAGAGCCCACCCAGAAUUUGCCAUUCCUUCACAUUGUAGGCUUUUGAAAAGAGGUCAUUGUUUCCUAAUGCAUGGGCAUCAAGUGCCUCGUCUCUGAUCUGGUGUUGGUUCUCAGAAAUGUUCCUGCCACUGUGUCUGGUAGUGCAACUCAUUUAACUUGCGCUGUGUCACAGCACAUCAGUGAACGAGUCUGGUCUUGGUUGUAGCAUCAUUCAUCGUCUUGCCUGAAGAUUGUAGUGCAUCACUGUUCUUGCUCUAGGUCUGAUUUCUUCCUUUCGUUAGGAAUAUGUAUGUUAGGAGUAUGCUUGGAAGUGGUGGCAGAAUAUGAUGGCAGGUCAUCGACCUAGCCUGCAGCUUGGGCUAACUCUGCACAUUGCUGUUGAUAAGAUUCUUGCAGAUAGACCACACCAUUGCGUGGCACUGCACAAGUGCAUUUGGUAGUUGGUUUUGUUGAAAUGUUUCUCUGCUUGUUUGAUGUGAGGGCCACUAAUGCCGCACUGUUGGUGUUGAUGUAAUGUAAACUAAAUUGCAGCAUCAUAAGAAAAUUUAAGCAUAGCAGGCUUUUUAGUAACCAAACCUCCCGUGCUAGCUCUUCUUAGCUGGAUUUUGCUUCUGCAGGCUGUCUUUGCUUCUGCAUCUCUUAAGAGUCUAAGAUAGAGUGGCAACAUGCACAAAUUCAUCCCUGUUCUUUAUUUUUUCGCCUCAGUCAAGGAAGCGUGUUGUGUGCAGUGAUGUAGUUUUGUGUGAAAGUGUUCUGUAAUAUAAGAUUAUCGCAGUAAAGGUUUAUUAUACGUCUAAAUGUACAUAUAUGUACAAACUGAGGUGGAGCUGUGCCUUUGUAUUCAGCUUUAUGACGUGUCAGUAGUUGCACGAGCAACUUAUGCAACAUCCUGACGCAUGUGGCAGCUUUAGUUGUGCAGUUGAAAUCUUGUCAAAUAAAAGUGUCUCACGUA